AUGAACUUCUUGAUCCUUGCCUGUGUUGCCGCCGUAGCCGUCGCUGCUCCACAGUACAGCUAUGGGGUUCCUUCUGCUGAGUCUAGCGAGGAAGUCGCUGCUCCCCAGACCAGCUAUGGCGCUCCUCGUGAUGCGUCCAGUGAGGAGGUCGAGUUCGUGCCAAUCCUCAAGGACGACCGCGUUCACGAGGAAGACGGAACUUAUAACUUUGACUUCGAAGCUGCCAAUGGUAUCCGCUUCUCCCAGGCUGGAUCCCCCGACGGUGAUGACGACGCUGUGGUCAAGGCCGGAGAAUACUCAUACACCGCUCCCGACGGUACUGAGGUCCAUGUAAAGUUCGUGGCUGACGAGAACGGCUUCCAGCCCCAGUCCGACGUCCUCCCCGUGGCCCCCGCUUUCCCUCACCCGAUCCCUCAGUUCGUCCUCGACCAGAUCGCCUUCGCCGCCGAGGAGGACGCCGCCGCCGCCCGUGCCGCUGAGGAAGAUUCUGACGAAGUUGCCGCCCCAUCUACUCUCUACGGCCGCCCCAACUAA